CCGUUAGUGACACUGAAGUCAAGCCUGACUGAAACCGCCUUUGUGUGUAUUCAAAUUGCUUUUUUUUUUUUUUUUUUUUUUUUUUUAAAAGAUAUUAAAAACAGAUUUAAAACAACUUUCAACUUGAACAGCCAUGGUCGAAGGAGACAACAAGAGCGCGAACAUGCUGGCGCAGGAAACUGCACAGCUGGAGGAGCAGCUUCAGGCGUGGGGCGAGGUGAUCCUGGUGGGGGACCGUGUCCUGCGCUGGGAGAAGGCGUGGUUUCCUGGAGUGCUGAUAGCCACCACCACUGUGCUCUUCCUGCUCAUUUACUAUUUGGACCCGUCGGUGCUGACGGGCGUGUCGAGUGGCGUCAUGCUGCUGUGCCUGGCCGACUACCUGGUGCCAAAGCUGGCGCCCAGAGUCUUUGGCUCCAACAAGUGGACCACGGAGCAGCAGCAGCGUUUCCACGAGAUCUGCGGCAAUGUGGUGAAAACGCAGCGUCGCCUGGUGGGCUGGUGGCGCCGCCUGUGCACGCUCAAGGAGGAGAAGCCAAAGAUGUACUUCGCGUCGGUGAUUAGCGGCCUGUUGACGGUGGCCUGGAUCGGACAGCAGGUGCACAACCUCUUCCUCACCUAUCUGAUUGUGAGUUUGAUGAUGCUGCUGCCGGGCCUCAACCAGCACGGCGUCUUGUCCAAGUACGCCGCCAUGGCGAAGAGAGAAAUCAACAAGCUGAUCAAGAACAAGGAGAAGAAGAACGAGUAGACUCGCAAUGCAAAUUCUGCACACACACACACACACACACACACACACACAUGCGCGCGCUAGGCCGACACUGACUACUGACUACUUGACUUCCGGCAUUGUGACUGCGCAUUUCUUGUCAUCGUCAUCUUUCGUGUAAUCAUGUAGCUCCUCAUCUUCUAUUCUUGCUCCUCUUCAUCUUCUUUCAAGUCAACUGGAUAGCAAAGCAGUAAAAGUGCAAAUACUUCAUACGAGAAAAUGAAAAAAACAGCCUGCUGCUGCUCGCUCAACUCUGUCCCUCCCCCCUCCGCCGACAUCAUGUAAAUAGGCCCCUCCCUCUUCGCUGUGUUUAUUUAUGUGGUCGCUCUUGACUCAUUUGAAUCGUAACAAUGUGAAUAAAGUUGACUUUAAAGUCGAAAAAAAA